CGUUACAGGACUGUUCCACUUGUUCUUCGGUCUCUUUACCCGUGGAAGGCGAGCGACUCAGGAAGUCAAUACACCAGAAACUGAGGGCCAGAGCUUCUUCACUAUCGUUCAACUUGUUUCAUCCCAGAAGCCGAAAGGGUUGAAGCCUUUCGUGUUGCCAAAGAAUGUCGUCCUGCGGCAGCUUGAAGAAGCCAGAUGUAGGACUACCCAAGGCCAAGAGAUGGCAUCGUCGACGAAUUUCAGUGACCCGGAGCUUGGUCGUUGUAAUGUCGUCAAUCUUCGGGGAUCUCCACAACUGUCUCAUCCCCCAUUCGAUCGCCCGGAAUUACCUAUGCCUUCGUUUUCUCCUCUCUCAUCCUAUGCAUUCCCGAAGCAUUGUUCCGAUGAAUAUGUGUUCCGCAGCUCUUGGCCACCUAUCUUGGGCACGCAGCUACAGCCCGGCAAGAACUCCCUUCCCUGCGAUGCAGACCUCUCAACAUCCCUGUCAUCUGCUUCCCUCAAAGUAUGGACCAGUUCUCCCCAAGGCAAACAAUCGCGCUCGCCUACUCAUCCGAACUGCUCCUAUUCGCCGAGUGCAGGAGAGAAUCGGUUCGCUUCUCCAUUCGGUGACAGAGGCAGCGCAUACUUCGCUCCAUACUUCAAGGGUGUCCCUUCUAUCGCAUCUGCAUCUGAUCUACUCGACUUCUCGGUCUACGCUAGCUCCCCGCGUGUCAACGUGGAUUACUCCUCCGCCAUUGAUGCUUCCGGUGACAUCCAGCCGCCGGAGAAGCUGAGGUUCAAGAGUUCUACUAUGAUCUACGACCCCGCUAUCCGAGAGGUGUUCACGCUACGUCCUAGCUACGGCACACGUACUCCGGGGAGUGGAGGACGCAACUUCCGGAAACUCGUUUCGUCCACACCCUCUUUGUCAUCGAUCUCAUCCGUUUCCAACUGGUCGCCGUCCGGUCUCUUUACAAGUGUGGGUGAACGAACAUCUUCCUCUCCUUGCACGACGCACACAAGAUCAGUCUCGGCUCUAUGUAUCUCCGGUUCUUGCGACCUGCCCGGUGCUGAAAUUGGCGGGAAUCACCCUAGCUCCGUUCCACGAGUCUCUGUCCGGCAUGUAGGAUUUUCUGCGAAGAAGAGCAUCGUUCCAAACACCGUGUCUUGCCCUGACAUACCUUAUUCUAUCGUUCGUGCCACCACUGGUGUGGGUGAAGUUAUCAUU